CAAAGGCUCUAUGGGUUCUAUCGCUGGGGUUGCAGAGAGAGUGUUCCUUCACCCACACCCUCUCUGGUGCAGAGAGAGAAGUUUUGCUCGUUCUCUCUCCCAAAGCAGGAGGCUUUAUGGGAUUUUAACCAUGAAAAUGGGGGAGAAUGGAGAAGUGGGUAAUGGUAUAGAGGGGAAAAUGGGUAUGGUUCUUCCAGCUCAAGAAACCCACGUCGAGAAAGCAGUGGAAGCCAUGAAAUCUGGCCAACUGAUUGCAGUGCCCACUGAUACUCUUUAUGGAUUUGCCUGUGAUGCCUGUUCCACUGCUGCAGUUCAUCGAAUUUAUGAGAUCAAAGGACGCAAACAUACUAGUCCUCUGGCAGUUUGUGUUGCUAAUGUAUCUGACAUCAAACGCUUUGCUGAAACGGAUCACUUGGCUCAUGGAUUGCUGGACAGUCUCCUCCCAGGACCUGUCACUGUUGUGUUGAAGCGAGGUAAUGACAGCAUCUUAGAGAAGUCUUUGAAUCCUGGGUUAGAGAGUAUUGGAGUUCGGGUUCCCAAUUACAACUUCAUUCGAAAAAUUGCACGUGGUUCGGGAAGUGCCCUUGCUCUCACAAGUGCCAACCUAAGUGGGCAGCCCAGCAGUGUUAACAUUAAAGAUUUUGAACACCUUUGGCACCAUUGUUCAUAUGUCUAUGAUGGUGGUUUGCUUCCUGCUGGUCGAGCUGGAUCAACAGUCGUAGACCUCACAAACCCCGGAUAUUACAAGAUUAUCAGGCCUGGAAGUGCUUUGGAUGAAACUGCAGCUGCUCUUCGAAGAUUUGGAUUGGAGGAAACUUUAUGAUGUGUGGUGUGUCUCCAAUGUCCAUUGCCUCCCGUGGUGCAAAUCUGGGAAUUUUUUUUUUGUUUUUUCCUUUUGCAUAAUUUGGGUUGGUACCUUUAUAGCACUGCGAGAAUUGGGUUGGCAGUUUCCCCUGUACUUUUAAUUCACUGAUUUUUUUUGUAUAAAAAACUGUAUUAUUUAACCUUAUUAAUGAAUGACCCCUUCAUAAUCCUCAA